AUGAAUUGUACCGAAGAUCCAAGCCGUCACGGCGAAAUACAUUUUCGUUCACCUUUUGCUUUUUGGACAUUAGGUGUAAUUAGUGUGAUAUUAUCAAUAUUAUCCGAUGUGGGUAAUCUAAUUAAUUUAUUUGUUCUUUCACGACGUCAUAUGCAUUCAACAAUGACAACACUUUUAGUUACACUUGCAUGGGCUGAUCUUGUUUCACCAACAGUUGUUUCAAUGAAUAAUAUUUUAUUUUAUUAUUUUUUACCACAUUUACAAGAUUCAUCAACAUUUUUAACUACACAUGUUAUUACACGAGCUAUUUUUAAUGUAUUAGCAAAUAUAUUUACAACAUUUAGUAAUUGGCUUAUUGUAUUAAUAACAACAUUUCGAUUAAUCGUUGUUAAACAACCAUUGGUAGCAAAAAAUUAUUGUAAUAGACGUACGGCUCGUUAUACAAUAAUAAUUAUUUUAAUCCUGUCAAUAUUUGUUAAUUUACCUUUAUUUCUUUAUACAAACAUACGAAUGUUUUGUACUAAUAAUGGUUCAGUGAAAUAUUAUGGCCUUGAGACAUCAUCUCUAUUAAGAACUCCAUUUUUUGUACACCUAUUUUAUCCAACAAUGGUUGUAAUAUCUUUACUCAUUCCAUGGUUAAUAUGUUUUUUAAUUUGGUUAUUUUUAAUACGUGCAUUACGAUCAGCUCAAAGUCAACUAACAACAAAAAAUACGAAUACAACAUUCCGUAAUGAUCGUAAACAAGAUACAUAUUUUCGUAUAACAUUAAUGAUUGUUUGUGUCUUAACUGUUUAUAUGAUAUGUCGUAGUGCACAUCUAGUUGAAGUCAUAAAUAUAUUUAUAGCACCAUUAUUUAGUUAUCAACAACAAAUUUCUUUUAAUCAAAUACGUAUUAAAUUAUAUUGUAUAUCAAAUAUAAUGUUAACUAUAAAUCAUGGUGCAAAUUUUUAUAUUUAUUCAAUAAAUCCAAAAUUUCGUUUAACACUUAAAUUAUAUAUAGCAUAUUAUUUUCGUCGUUGUCGUAUAAAACGUCGACGUGCAUUUACAUUAUUUCAUUUACGCCGGAAAAAAACCAAUGAUAGUCUAGAUGGUUUAAGUACACAAAAUGAAUUUAAUCGUUCAAUUAUGUUAACGACACCAAAUAUAAAUGGAAAAAAUUAUAUGAUUAACAAUAAACCUAAUCAAACAAGUCUCCCUAGUCGUAUUUAUCAACAGAAUCAUACAAUAAAUAGUAUAAGAACACCACAGAAAUAUUUAAAACAAUUUAUUGAUGUUAAUUCUCAUAAUGAAAAUUCCGAAAAAAGUUAUGUAUGGAAAGAAAUUGAGCAAAAAUUGAAACAUCAUCGAAGAAAUUAUCUGCGAUAG